UCUUCCAAUUAUCUUAAUCUCAAUCUGUUUUUUCAACUUUACCCCCAUUGUAAUUCCUUAAUUUUCGAAAUUAGGGUUCCUCCAAUUUGUGAUUCUGUGUGUUCUUGUUCAUAACAAUGGCUUCUUCUGAGGAUAACAAUGGUAGAGAAAUGGGGUUUCAACAAAGAGGUGAAAUCAGUUCUGGAUCCAUGUUUCCCAAUAAGUCUUCAGGUGGGAAUUUAUUCGGGUCGGGUUGGGAUCCGAUUGAGAAUUAUAGUGGUCUUCUUCAACAUUAUCAAUCUGGGUCAUUUGGAAAUGGGGGUUUCUCAGAAAUGGUGAAUCCGUUUAUGAACCCUAAUCCAGAAUGCAGUGUUCAAAGAGUUUCUGAAAGUGCUUCAUCUCCUGAUAGGAGUGAUAAAAGAAGAGCUCCUCAUUCUUCUACCUUCAAUCCCAUUAAGAAUGGUGAUGCAUCGGGGGAUAGUUCAGAGAACGUAAAUGGACAAGAUGAGAAGAAACAAAAAACCCAUUCAAGAGGUAAGCAAAUAGGAAAACAAGCAAAAGACAAUUCUGAUAGCGGUAAAGAAGACUACAUUCAUGUUAGAGCGAAAAGAGGUCAGGCUACAAACAGUCACAGUCUUGCCGAAAGGGUUAGAAGAGAGAGGAUUAGUGAGAGAAUGAAGUUGCUUCAAGACCUUGUUCCCGGCUGCAAUAAGAUCACCGGGAAAGCCGUAAUGCUUGAUGAGAUCAUCAACUACGUGCAAUCCCUCCAACAGCAGGUUGAGUUUUUAUCGAUGAAACUUGCGACUGUGAAUCCAGAACUGAACAUUGAUAUCGACCACAUUUUGUCAAAAGAUAUUCUUAAUUCACGAGGCAACAACUCAAAUCUUGGAUUUAUCCAAGGAUUGACCUCAUCCCAACAUUAUUCACAAGGAAUCAUGCCGGUUAUUCCAUCUACGAAUCCACCAUUUCCUCCCAUCCAUCCUCAGCCUGUAUGGGAUAAUGAUCUUCACAAUCUUCUCCAAAUGGGAUAUGAUUCUAAUUCCGGUAUCAACAAUCUCGGGGAUGGUAACUGUUCUAAAGCAACAAACACACGUGGAUUUUGA